AUGCAUACAACUCGCUAUCAAAUGGUUGGUAGCCGUGAGAGGCCUACCACUAUAUCGACUACCACGACGAGCACCAGUAGGUCUCAGCUCAGAUGGUCUCAAAGUUUUUCGCCAACCGAUCGCCAGAAACCAAAUGUUUCCACACCUUUGAAACUGAACUUUGAAUUUCUAGAGCAUGACACGGCCAGCAGCACCGGGAGAGGGUUAGCAGUGGAGCGCAGGUAG